AUGGCCCAACCCACUAACACACACAAUGGCAACCCUGCCGGAGUGCAACAGACGAGCCCACUUCUCCGCCUGCCACAGGAGCUGCAAGACACCAUCUACGCCCUCGCUUUCCCUCGAAUGCCGCGCACAACCAGAAUCGUAUUUCGCAUGAAUUGGGAGGCUAACGAGAUGCACAACAGGAAACUCGACAAAGACUACGUCGUCCAAAUUUUUCCACAGCAUACUGUCAAUCGCUGGCUGGUCAACAAAAGCUUCUUCGUGGGGGCAGCUCGUGCUUACUUUGGUAAUCAGAACUGGUGCUUCGUCAGCCGUCGCAAUGGCUUCAUCCAUCUCUGUCACCGCGUCGAGUCUCGAUUCCUGGCAGACCACUCUGGGCUCUUCUACGGGUAUGCCACGCAAGCUACCUUUGCAGGGCUUCAUCUCCUCUCUAAGGUCUCGCGCUGCCGAUCGAUUGCCAGCCUCGAAAUUACGCUCGGUGAGUCGGAUCUUCGAGACAUGGAGAAGAUGAUGUGGUAUGAAGAGUGCCACGGUCCAGACUUUGAGCAUAGUGAAGAUCUCCGAACAUUACUCGCACUGAAAGGACUUCGAUCUGUCAAACUUGUCGCAGGUCAUAACGUGUAUGCCAAUACACCGGAGAAGCAGAGAAUGUGGGAGGCGAACGUGCACCGUCUCGAGAGCUACGUGCGGUCCGUGACCAGCCGCCAGAAGCGUACUCAUUCGACCACAUCCCGAGGUCUCGCUGGAGGAACAAAGCACGUGACCAUGAAGUCUACGCCUACGCGCCUGUAUCUCGGGUCCCAGGUAAUGCUGGAGCAGAACGCCCUGUGUGAAAUGCACAGGAACUACUCCUCCGCCGACCCUUUCGCCGAGGAAAAAGAGAACUUCCUGAGGUAUCCACCUUUCUUGAUGCCAUUCGAGAUACCUACCAAGCUCGAGCGCGAGGUGCCGGCAUACACAGCUUUCUCGAAGCACUUUCCACCCGUCGGUAAGGCUGGACAGGGCACGUCAAGGCUCAACCCUCUCUCCACCCCCUUCACGACCUCCAUCAAGCCUGGAAUGGGGAUGCCUGCGCACACAUCUGCCCGAUAUCACUUUCCAGCCACCCGGCGAGCGGAGACGGUGCAAACGGUCACGUCCACUGGUGGUGAGACACCAAAUGUUACGCCGUACUAUCUUAUCCCGAUCAAACCUGCGCCUCAGCCAGCCCACACCUAUCGGCCAGGUCAUGCACUACCUUCAUCAUAUCCGAUCAUCUCUGCGGCGCCACCACAAGCAGCUCCAACCAGCGAUAUGGCAACUAACAUGAGCGACUUGUCCUUGAAGCGACAGAAGUUUGGAGCUAAGGGAGGCGUGGUAGACAAAGCUCAUACGCGCAGAACAGCGAGUAUGUCGCGCGAUCUGAAAUCGCUCAAGUUCUUGCUUACGGCUGCGGAUGAGGUGGUGGAACGGCUCCGUGUAGGGAUGGGUGAGAUGGGUGAGAUGGGUGAGAUGGGCGAGAUGGGCGAGAUGGGCGAGAUGGGUGAGAUGGGUCAGGUGGGAGAGGGAGCAACAUUGUCCCGCGGUGCGUCAACGUCACGCCUCCGCCACCAGACGGUCUUGCCAUGCGUGCCUACAGUAUCUGACUUCUCGUUAGCAUUGCCCUUGCGCCCACCGGCGUGGUCGGGUAUCCCAAAAUACAUCUCGUCCGUACCGUCGUGGGCUAAGCUCUCACUGACGAAGGAAGACGAGCUGUUUGAGCGUCGUCCAUGA